AUGGGGAGCAAUCAGUCAGUUCUAAAAGACAAAGGCUACACAUUAGUAAGUGAACAAGGCAAUCAAAUCCUGGUGAAAAAUAAGGGUGGUGAUGAGUUUGUCAUUAAAAAGCUGAAUGUCAGGUGCAACCAGGGCAAUGUAUCAAAAUUUCUCCAAAAGCUCAAUCAUCCACACAUAGCCGAACAUAAGGAAAUCAUUCCAGAUCGUCGCUGUCUGUAUCUUGUAAUGGAGCUCUGUAAGGGUGGAGAUCUCCCUCAGAUAAUCAAAAUAAAAAAGGAAACAACUGAGGGCGAAGAAGCUGAGGUUCUGGAUUGGGCUGUGAAGCUCUGCAUGGUAUUAAAGCACCUGCAUGAUCAACAGAUCCUACAUAAAAACUUGCAGCCAUAGAGCAUAUUUUUCACUGCAUGUGAAACCAUUCGCCUCGGAGAGUUUGGAGUGAUUCGUGAAUGGUCCACUGAUGCACAAACAGCAGAAACUGAAGCGCUCUCAUACAUUGCACCUGAGAUUUUGAGUGGCGAACCUUACGAUGAGAAAUCAGAAAUAUGGAGUCUGGGCUGUAUCAUCUAUGAGAUGUGCAUGCUGAAGUGUGCUUUUGCAGGAAAAAACACAGUUGAUAUUAUUCCAAAGAUACUAAGAAGUUCCUAUGAAGCUCUUCCUGAGACCUUCUCUCAGGAUCUUCAUCAGCUGGUGAGAGACACACUUCAGAAGGAUCCAGCGAACCGCCCGUCUGUCAGUGAGAUCUUGAUGAGGCCUUUUAUCAUUAAACACCUUUAUGAAAAGAGCACACAAACUAUUAAAGAGCUUAAUAAAACCAAUGAGUCUCAAGUCAGUCUAAAGGUACUGGAAGAGCUGGCCGACGGUUUGGAGAGAGUCCACUACAACACAACCGUCAGCAGUCUCACAGGAGGAGUAAUAGGUUUGGCUGGAGGAAUCACCUCUUUAGUUGGAUUUAUUCUCACUCUUUUCACUUUCGGAGCCUCUCUGAUAGUAACAGGAGUGGGAAUCGGUGUUGCAGUAGCUGGUGGUGUAACAGCUGGUGUCAGCAACAUAACAAAGAUGGUGAACCAGAGUUCAAACCGCCAAAAGAUCAAAAUGCUCAUUACGCAGCUACAAGAAAAAAUUACCUCCACAAGCUGCUGCAUCCAAAACAUCCAAAUAGCAGUGGAAAUGCAACAAAGAGAGAUAUCUAAAAGCAAUCAAUUAGGGUCCAAUGCACAGUCUGGGGCAGAUGUGUGGGCAAGUGCUGGAGUUCGACUUGGGCGAGGACUGGGAGGGAUUUCGGAGCUUGUCCGUUUAGCUGAAGUCGCCAGUGUUGGUAAAGUUGCAGCUCAGGCUGCAAGAACUGUACGUGUGGCUGAAGCAGCUACAGGGGUUUUGUCUACACUUUUUGUAGCUGUUGACAUCUUUUUUAUUGCCCUUGACUCCAGAGAAAUUCACAAACUCUGCAGAGAUCAUACUUCAAUAGCGACUCAACAAGAAUCAACCGAUACAGAGUCUAAAAGCAGUCAAACCCCUGACAGUGAAUCAGAGCACAGUGACACACAAAAUCAGCCAUCACCAAACAAAAAUGAGCAAGAGCUGCGGUCUCUCAUUCCUCUAGCAUGUCGCACCACCUAG